AUGUCGAUUUUACAGGCUCGAGUGUCCCCGACUAUCCUGAGUGAUAGUAGUAUUGCCUCAACCCAAUUCACAAAGUCAACUACUCCACAGGUCAGCCUCGGCAAGCGUCACGAAGACUUGGACGAAACGACUGCCUCUACUACUCCUCAUGGGCGUUUGGAUGAUAUAAUUCAAAUGGAGCCAACCAUCCCAAAAGCUAUAUCGUCUGACUAUGCCCCUUCGGAACAGAGACAAGGCCUGGAGCAAAUCUUGGGCGACCGACUUCCCCACAACCGCAAUGUUUACAUCCAGGGCUUGCAUCCUACGACGGACGAUAAGCUUCUUGAGAAGUUCGCCCUGCGUUUCGGGUCCAUUGAGUCCAUUAAAGUAUAUACUGAUAGAAUCACUGGAGCUUGCUUAGGCUGCGGCUUUGCCAAGUUUUAUGAGGUCCGAAGUGCCGAAGAAUGUAUCCGGGCAUUUUAUCGUAUGGGCUAUAAGGUCGGAUUUGCAUGCGAAUCGUUCAACUCGCGUCAUCAAGCGAAGGGCGACCCUACGUCUACAACUCUUUAUAUCUUUAAUCUCCCCCGGCAAUUGACUGAGGCUGAGCUUGCCGGCUUCUUCCCGGGAUAUACUUGUGUUUCCUGCAAUAUCCUCCGCGAUAGUCGAGGGGAUUGCCGUGGCGACGGGUUCGUUUCCUUCGACAGUCGUGAAGUCUCCGACGAAGUUAUUCGUGAAUUCCAUGGUACUCUCGUGGGGCCCGGUCAGCGUCGGAUCAGCGUUCGCUACGCCGAAACUCCUGCCCAAAGAGAACUCAGGCGUAUAACGGCCCAACGCCGCCAGACUCGAGUCACAGAGUACAAGCAGGAGCGCGCACCAUCUUAUUUCGUAGACUAA